AAAGAGGGAGUUGAUGAGAAUGGAAGUGAUCGCGCGAGACAGGGGGGAGAGAAUACCAAUACCAUAUUGUAGACGGUGGAGGGGCGUCAAAGUAAAUAAAUAACGAGCUAACAGAAUAUAUGAGCUCAGUUCAACGUUCAGCUUUGAUCGGUUACAUGCUGCUUUGUCGCGGUUGAACUGGGUGUUAAGUGGCUCUGUAUUAUCGAAAACAAUUAGCAGCUAAUAUAAAUACAUAAUAAAAAUGAAUCGAUACAUUUGCUUAGCAGCUACAAUAGUGCUUCUUGUGACACAACUAAAUGCAGUGUGCAUCCACGUAAAUAACCAGGACUUGAUCGAAUACACUUGCGAGGGCGGAUUUAUCGAUGAUCUCAAACUACUCCCAAAUAAUACCGAGAAAAUUCGCAUUUCAAACAUGCCUGUAAAUCGAGUUGACAAAAAUCUUUUUUCACGCUUCGGCAGUAAUCUUCUUGUGUUAAUAUGCUCCCACUGUAUGAUCACUGAGAUCGAUGAUGAUGCUUUCCGUAGAUUAGAAAAUUUGCAACAGCUUAGCCUCGAUAACAAUAAUUUGAAAGAGGUAAGGGCGAACUGGUUCGAAGGCCUCAUUUACUUGACGUAUCUCGAUCUAAAUUAUAACAGCAUUGAGCACAUUGAUGGGGACGUCUUUCGUAAUGCCCCUGACAUCGUUGACUUGCGCCUUUCUGGUAACCGCCUAGUGUGUUUUGAUCUAGACAGCAUGCCAAAGCUAAAAGAUCUCAAAAGAAUUUUCCUUAACAAUAAUCCCAAGUUCAGUUGUUCAAAUGCAAUAAAGAAGUUCUUGAACGAACAUCAUAUUGAAUAUGAGAUAGAUGGGCAUUUGUCCACUAGUAUAGUGGAUCAGAUGCCUACUGAAGAUCCGUUUUUACAAACUCCACCAGUAUUUGAAGAUCCGAAAGUUGAUUUGAUACCCAAUAUUCAGCCGAAUACGAUUCUAAGUUUUCCAUCAAGUGCUGACGAAAAUACUCUAUCAAGAACAUCAUCAAAAACUUUAUUAAACACACUUACCCCUUACUACACGCGAGAGUUAUCCACUGAAACAUUAAGAUGGAGCACCACUAAUCCAACAACAACUCCGCCUUCAAGACUACCUAAUUCCCCAGAAAUUAUCAACCCAUCUAUACCUGAACAAGAUUUUCCAUAUCCAGGUCCGUAUUACGUACCUGCAAUUACGCAGCAACAGUUGGACAAUUAUAGGAAUACAGUACCUGAACAAGCAGAACAGAACAAAAGCAUCCACAUUACAUCAUCAACAACAACAAUGACCGAAUGUCCAAAUGUGGCAACUUACUUUUCUGGCAACUCAUCUCUACUUAUUACUUUGACGAUAACUAUGACACUUUUAGUUUGUAGAAGGAUUUUUGAGAAAGCUAUAUUCGUAUAAAAGCAUUUAACAGCAGUGUUAUUAUUAACACUGUUACAUUAUUAUUCAUCGAUAUUUUCGAAAAAUUGUUAAAUCCUUGCGAAGUAUGCCAUCGCAUUGAGAUAUUCUCACUGAAAAAACACGGA